UCAGGGUAACCAUGUCUUCGCCUCCCAAAGAGAAAGCCGAGACCCGGGCCGGACACCCUCCUGCUGUUAAGGCGGGUGGGAUGCGGAUUGUGCAGAAACACCCACACAGUUCUGAUACCAAAGAAGAAAAAGAUAAGGAUGAUCAAGACUGGGAAACCAGCAGCCCACCUAAACCAACAGUGUUCAUCUCUGGUGUCAUAGCAAGGGGUGAUAAGGACUUCCCUCCAGCAGCUGCUCAGGUGGCUCAUCAGAAACCACAUCCUUCAGUGGAAAAGCUUCCUCACCCUCAACAUGUCAAACAGCACAUCCACCAACCUCGCAAGUGAGCUCACCACAAAAAUCUCAGCCAAACUGCCAUCAGUGAAUAUGUUUUUGAGAGAAGAUGUUGACCAUUCAUGAUUCACACAAUCAGAUCAACGAUAUUGACCUCUAAAAUCUUAUCCUGUUCUGUUCUUUUACUUCCAUUCCCAAGGGCUAGGAAAAACAAAGAUGUUAUUGAGUUGAUAUACCAAAUAAAAAGUUUUCCCUUUUCUAUUAAGUAUUUGCUGAUCAGGGGAGGUUUUUUUGAUAAGACUGUCUGAUUGACAAGAUGGAAAUUAUGAUUAUGAUUAGUGAGCUUAAAACUUGUGCUUUUAGUUGUGGCAUUGCAAUAGCAGAUAGUUAAUGUAGUUUUUAUGCUAAACCAGUAGAGAACAUCCCCUUUGUACUGGUACUUUUGUUAUCUGGGAGUUUGUUGUGUUGAGACAGAAAUUAGUGAUUGUCUUGAAUACAGUCUUGCAGUCUUCAGUAUCCUGAGAUGCUAAAUUACAAGUGGGCAGAAAUCCAGCUGAAUCUUUUUUACAUCCCUUUGCACUCCUAGUCUUGAUGAAGUUCUUUUGUACAAGCUCUGUGUGGGUGCAAAGAAGUAGUCAAGAGUUAUAAGCACGCUGCUGCUGUGACCUCACAGGUCCUUUUUUUUUUUUUUGAGGUGAUGAUUUCUCAAAUCUAGUGGUCUAGUCUCAAAACAAGUUGAAGGAAUUCAGGACCUUCAAGAAUUGAACUUAAACCGGAGGAAAAUCUGUUUGUUUUUUUUAAAUUACGCUAUUACUGUGUUUAGCUUAAUGAGCUAAGCUCUGUUAUGCAUCUUUUUUAAAACUAUUAUUAAUGAAGGGAACAACAGUUACUUUUCAGACACAGCAGUCAGAUUAGGUUAAGCCAUGUAUUUAAAUAUGUCAAUUACACAGUUUGAAAUUAAAAAAAAAAAGCACAAUCUCUAGCCAAUUCCUUCUUCAUCUCUAUAAAACCCAGGAAAGUCAUUUUUUAAACAUUCUACCUACAUUUUAAAAAUAUACUUCUGUUUUUAACUGACUAGUAUAGGUUUUAAUGCCCUGUUGAGUUUAUAAAACUUCUAAGAGUCUAAAAAAGUGAGUACAGAAGCAAAACACUAUGAAAUACAGCCCAUUUCACAAGUGGAAUAACUCAUGUCACAUGAGUGAAAGGGACCUGGUAUGGCCAUCUGUAUGUAGGCUUGAAAUACAAAGAGUGUACUACAAAAGAUAGGCAUGGAUGUAUUUAUUCUGCACCAAGGAAGGGGACCUAUGAUUUGUGUAUGAAGUCCUUAUUUUCAGUUAAUUAGAUAACUGUACUUGCCUUAAGGAGUGAGUGUUGUUUAUAAGAAUUAAUCUGCAUUAGAAUAUGCAUUAAAAAAAUGCUUUUUUGUUCCUGAUGUCGGUACUUCUGAGGCCUUGUUCUUAGCUGCUCGUGAGUGUACAAGUGAUUCACACAUGGGUAAUUUAUCCUUGAAGGUAGAAUUGUUGAACCUCUUGGAACGUAUUUAAGAGCUAAAUCACCAGGAUAUUCAGGACAGAGAGACUAUCAUCUCAUGGAUAGUGCAGCCAGUAGUUGUCGCGUUCUGCAUCAGUGUGUCAGCUGGUGGUUAUGGUCACUUGAUGCUGGUAGCUGCUGGUUUAAGAAUGGUGGCAUUCAGCUCUCCUGUUUUUAUGUCUACAUCUGAAGUAGCGUGUAGACUUUAACUGUAGUCAAAACAGUCAGUAGGGCAGACCUGAAUUGCUCUUGACUCCAUUCAUCGACUAUAGUGGAAAACUAAAAAUACUUUAGAAUAGUUGCACGCCAUUUGGUGGGCUUGGACAGCUCUACUCUAUGUGUUUCUACCUUAUGUAAGCAACACCACAUUUCCAGCUUUUGAGUUAGAAACAACUGCUCUUGGUUGUUAAUGCAAUAUAUAUAGCAUUAAUAGAUAGUAUCAAAUUUGUCUUUGAUUCUUUAGAUGGGUAUAUAAGUUUGUACAAUGAAGUAAGAUUCUCAAGAUAUCUUUAGUCACUUUUAAGACUGCGGGAUUCACUAUAUGAUUAGAAAAUGUCUUUGUACGAAAGCAUAUUAUGUAUGGUUGGAAGAUAUCCAUGUUUAUGCAUAGCCAUCUUUACCAGUGCAUUUUUCUUGCCGAAAAUAAAGAAUCAUAAGCGGUCA